CGCCCCCACCACCAUGGAUCACUCCUCAUUCAGCGGCGCGCCCCGUUUCCUGGCCCGGCCCAAGGCUUUCGUGGUGUCGGUGGGCAAGGACGCCACGCUGAGCUGCCAGAUCGUGGGCAACCCUACGCCGCAGGUGAGCUGGGAGAAGGACCAGCAGCCAGUGGAGGCAGGCGCUCGCUUCCGCUUGGCCCAGGACGACGACCAAUACCGCCUCACCAUCCUGGAUCUGGCGCUCGGCGACAGCGGGCAGUACGUGUGCCGCGCGCGCAACGCCAUUGGGGAGGCUUUCGCUGCGGUUGGCCUGCAGGUGAACGCAGAGGCCGCGGUCGCUGAGCAGGCGCCCCACUUUUUGCUGCGGCCCACGUCCAUCCGCGUGCGGGAGGGUGCGGACGCCACCUUCCGCUGCCGCGUGCGUGGCUCGCCGCCGAUGGCGGUGAGCUGGGCCAAGGACGGGCGGCGCCUGGGGGCACCCGACGACCCCCGGGUGCGCGUGGAAGAAAGCGGCGAGGCAAGCGCGCUGCGCAUCCAGGCCGCUCGGCCGCUCGACGGCGGCACCUACACGGUGCGCGCCGAGAACCCGAUGGGCGCCGCCAGCGCUGACGCCGCGCUCACCGUGGACCCGGACGCCGACCCAGGCGGCCCGCCAGGGGCUUCCACUGCUGCGCUCCUUGCACACCUGCAGCGGAGGCGCGAGGCGAUGCGCGCCGAGGGCGCCCCAGCCUCGCCGCCCGGCACCGGCACGCGCACCUGCACGGUGACUGAGGGCAAGCACGCGCGCCUCAGCUGCUACGUCACCGGUGAGCCCAAGCCCGAGACUGUGUGGAAGAAGGACGGGCAGGUGGUGGUCGAGGGCCGGCGACACGUGGUGUACGAGGACACGCAGGAGAACUUCGUGCUCAAGAUCCUGUUCUGCAAGCAGUCGGACCGCGGUCUCUACACCUGCACCGCGUCCAAUCUCGUGGGUCAGACCUACAGCUCCGUGCUUGUGGUUGUGCGAGAGCCCGCCGUGCCCUUCAGGAGGCGCCUGCAGGACUUGGAGGUGCCGGAAAAGGGGUCGGCCACGUUCCAGUGCGAGGUGGCGCUGCCGGCCACGGAGGCCGCGUGGUUCAAGGAGGAGACGCGGCUGUGGGCGAGCGCCAAGUACGCCCUGGAGGAGGCGGGCACCGAGCGCCGGCUGAUCGUGCGCAACGUCUCGGCCGACGAUGAUGCGGUGUACGUCUGUGAGACAGCCGAGGGCAGCCGCACAGUGGCCGAGCUGGCGGUGCUAGGCAACCUCACCCGGAGGCUCCCGAGGAAGACCGCCGUGCGGGUGGGGGACACAGCCAUGUUCUGUGUGGAGCUGGCCCGGCCUGUGGGCCCCGUGCACUGGCUGAGGAACCAGGAGGAGAUCUUGGCUGGGGGCCGUGUGGCCAUCACCACCGAGGGCACAUGCCACACGCUGACCAUCUCCCAGUGCAGCCUGGAGGACGUGGGCCAGGUGGCCUUCGUGGCUGGGGACUGCCGGACGUCCACCCAGUUCUGUGUGUCGGCCCCCAGGAAAGUGCCCCUGCACUCCCCUGAGGCCCCUGUGGUGAAGGCCAGGACUGAGUGCUCUGUGAGGCUGGGCUGGUCCCCUCCUCUCCACGGUGACCGUCCUGUUGCCAUCGAUGGCUACCUGGUGGAGAUGAGGCGACUUGGUGCCCACACCUGGAGUCGGUGCCAUGAGGCUGAGUGGGUGUCCACACCCGAGCUGACCGUGGCAGGUGUGGCUGAGGAGGGGGACUUCCAGUUCCGGGUGUCAGCUGUGAACAGCUUCUGCCAGAGCCCCUACCUCGAGUUCCCAGGGACGGUCCACCUGGUCCCCCAGCUGGCGGUGAAGACACCUCUGAAGGCAGUGGAGGCAGUGGAGGGCGGUGAGGUGACCUUCUCUGUGGACCUCACCUCAACCUCAGCGGGCAAGUGGUUCCUGGACGGGCAGGCCCUGCAGGCCAGCAGCGUGUACGUGGUCCGCUGGGACGGCACCCGGCACACACUCACCAUCCGCUCAGUGCCUGCCAGCCUGCAUGGCGCCGAGCUUAAGUUUGUGGCCGACGGCAUCGAAAGCAGCAUCCGCAUAGAGGUUCGAGAGCCCUCGGUGGUGUUUGCCAAGGAGCAGCCAGCGCACAGUGAGGUGCAGGCCGAGGCGGGGGCCAGCGCCACGCUGAGCUGCGAGGUGGCCCAGGCCCAGACGGACGUGACGUGGUACAAGGACGGGAAGAAGCUGAGCUCCGGCUCGAAAGUGCACGUGGAGGCCAAGGGCUGCGCCAGGCGGCUGGUGGUGCAGCAGGCGGGGAAGGCGGACGCCGGCCAGUACAGCUGCGAGGCCGGGGGCCAGAGGGUCUCCUUCUGCCUGGACGUCACAGAGCCCUCAGUGGUGUUUUCCAAGAAGCAGCCAGCACGCAGUGAGGUGCAGGCCAAGGCGGGAACCAGUGCCAUGCUGAGCUGUGAGGUGGCCCAGGCCCAGACAGAGGUGACGUGGUACAAGGAUGGGAAGAAGCUGAGUUCAAGUUCAAAAGUGCAAAUGGAGGCCACAGGGUGCACUAGGCAGCUGGUGGUGCAGCAGGCGGGGAAGGAAGAUGCUGGGGAGUACAGCUGCGAGGCCAGGGGCCAGAAGGUCUCCUUCCACCUGGACAUCACAGAGCCCUCGGUGGUGUUUGCCAAGGAGCAGCCAGCGCACAGUGAGGUGCAGGCCGAGGCGGGGGCCAGCGCCACGCUGAGCUGCGAGGUGGCCCAGGCCCAGACGGAGGUGACGUGGUACAAGGACGGGAAGAAGCUGAGCUCCGGCUCGAAAGUGCACGUGGAGGCCAAGGGCUGCGCCAGGCGGCUGGUGGUGCAGCAGGCGGGGAAGGCGGACGCCGGGCAGUACAGCUGUGAGGCCGGGGGCCAGAAGGUGUCCUUCCGCCUGGACGUCGCAGAGCCCUCGGUGGUGUUUGCCAAGGAGCAGCCAGCGCACAGUGAGGUGCAGGCCGAGGCGGGGGCCAGCGCCACGCUGAGCUGCGAGGUGGCCCAGGCCCAGACGGAGGUGACGUGGUACAAGGAUGGGAAGAAGCUGAGCUCCGGCUCGAAAGUGCACGUGGAGGCCAAGGGCUGCGCCAGGCGGCUGGUGGUGCAGCAGGCGGGGAAGGCGGACGCCGGGCAGUACAGCUGCGAGGCCGGCGGCCAGAAGGUGUCCUUCCGCCUGGACGUCUCAGAGCCCUCGGUGUUGUUCGCCAAGGAGCAGCCAGCGCACGGUGAGGUGCAGGCCGAGGCGGGGGCCAGCGCCACGCUGAGCUGCGAGGUGGCCCAGGCCCAGACGGAGGUGACGUGGUACAAGGAUGGGAAGAAGCUGAGCUCCGGCUCGAAAGUGCACGUGGAGGCCAAGGGCUGCGCCAGGCGGCUGGUGGUGCAGCAGGCGGGGAAGGCGGACGCCGGGCAGUACAGCUGCGAGGCCGGCGGCCACAAGGUGUCCUUCCGCCUGGACGUCACAGAGCCCUCGGUGGUGUUUGCCAAGGAGCAGCCAGCGCACAGUGAGGUGCAGGCCGAGGCGGGGGCCAGCGCCACGCUGAGCUGCGAGGUGGCCCAGGCCCAGACGGAGGUGACGUGGUACAAGGACGGGAAGAAGCUGAGCUGCAGCUCGAAAGUGCACGUGGAGGCCAAGGGCUGCGCCAGGCGGCUGGUGGUGCAGCAGGCGGGGAAGGCGGACGCCGGGCAGUACAGCUGCGAGGCCGGGGGCCACAAGGUGUCCUUCCGCCUGGACGUCACAGAGCCCUCGGUGGUGUUUGCCAAGGAGCAGCCAGCGCACAGUGAGGUGCAGGCCGAGGCGGGGGCCAGCGCCACGCUGAGCUGCGAGGUGGCCCAGGCCCAGACGGAGGUGACGUGGUACAAGGACGGGAAGAAGCUGAGCUCCGGCUCGAAGGUGCACGUGGAGGCCAAGGGCUGCGCCAGGCGGCUGGUGGUGCAGCAGGCGGGGAAGGCGGACGCCGGGCAGUACAGCUGUGAGGCCGGCGGCCACAAGGUGUCCUUCCGCCUGGACGUCUCAGAGCCCUCGGUGGUGUUUGCCAAGGAGCAGCCAGCGCACAGUGAGGUGCAGGCCGAGGCGGGGGCCAGCGCCACGCUGAGCUGCGAGGUGGCCCAGGCCCAGACGGAGGUGACGUGGUACAAGGACGGGAAGAAGCUGAGCUCCGGCUCGAAGGUGCACGUGGAGGCCAAGGGCUGCGCCAGGCGGCUGGUGGUGCAGCAGGCGGGGAAGGCGGACGCCGGGCAGUACAGCUGUGAGGCCGGCGGCCAGAAGGUGUCCUUCCGCCUGGACGUCACAGAGCCCUCGGUGGUGUUCGCCAAGGAGCAGCCAGCGCACGGUGAGGUGCAGGCCGAGGCGGGGGCCAGCGCCACGCUGAGCUGCGAGGUGGCCCAGGCCCAGACGGAGGUGACGUGGUACAAGGACGGGAAGAAGCUGAGCUCCAGCUCGAAAGUGCACGUGGAGGCCAAGGGCUGCGCCAGGCGGCUGGUGGUGCAGCAGGCGGGGAAGGCGGACGCCGGGCAGUACAGCUGUGAGGCCGGCGGCCACAAGGUGUCCUUCCGCCUGGACGUCACAGAGCCCUCGGUGGUGUUUGCCAAGGAGCAGCCAGCGCACAGUGAGGUGCAGGCCGAGGCGGGGGCCAGCGCCACGCUGAGCUGCGAGGUGGCCCAGGCCCAGACGGGCGUGACAUGGUACAAGGACGGGAAGAAGUUGAUCUCUGGCUCGAAAGUGCACGUGGAGGCCAAGGGCUGCGCCAGGCGGCUGGUGGUGCAGCAGGCGGGGAAGGCGGACGCCGGGCAGUACAGCUGUGAGGCCGGGGGCCAGAAGGUGUCCUUCCGCCUUGAUGUCACAGAGCCCUCGGUGGUGUUUGCCAAGGAGCAGCCAGCGCACGGUGAGGUGCAGGCCGAGGCGGGGGCCAGCGCCACGCUGAGCUGCGAGGUGGCCCAGGCCCAGACGGAGGUGACGUGGUACAAGGACGGGAAGAAGCUGAGCUCCGGCUCGAAAGUGCGCGUGGAGGCCAAGGGCUGCGCCAGGCGGCUGGUGGUGCAGCAGGCGGGGAAGGCGGACGCCGGGCAGUACAGCUGUGAGGCCGGCGGCCAGAAGGUGUCCUUCCGCCUGGACGUCUCAGAGCCCUCGGUGGUGUUUGCCAAGGAGCAGCCAGCGCACAGUGAGGUGCAGGCCGAGGCGGGGGCCAGCGCCACGCUGAGCUGCGAGGUGGCCCAGGCCCAGACGGAGGUGACGUGGUACAAGGACGGGAAGAAGCUGAGCUCCAGCUCGAAAGUGCACGUGGAGGCCAAGGGCUGCGCCAGGCGGCUGGUGGUGCAGCAGGCGGGGAAGGCGGACGCCGGGCAGUACAGCUGUGAGGCCGGCGGCCAGAAGGUGUCCUUCCGCCUGGAUGUCGCAGAGCCCUCGGUGGUGUUUGCCAAGGAGCAGCCAGCGCACAGUGAGGUGCAGGCCGAGGCGGGGGCCAGCGCCACGCUGAGCUGCGAGGUGGCCCAGGCCCAGACGGAGGUGACAUGGUACAAGGACGGGAAGAAGCUGAGCUCCAGCUCGAAGGUGCACGUGGAGGCCAAGGGCUGCGCCAGGCGGCUGGUGGUGCAGCAGGCGGGGAAGGCGGACGCCGGGCAGUACAGCUGUGAGGUCGGGGGCCAGAAGGUGUCCUUCCGCCUGGACGUCACAGAGCCCUCGGUGGUGUUUGCCAAGGAGCAGCCAGCGCACAGUGAGGUGCAGGCCGAGGCGGGGGCCAGCGCCACGCUGAGCUGCGAGGUGGCCCAGGCCCAGACGGAGGUGACGUGGUACAAGGACGGGAAGAAGCUGAGCUCCAGCUCGAAAGUGCACGUGGAGGCCAAGGGCUGCGCCAGGCGGCUGGUGGUGCAGCAGGCGGGGAAGGCGGACGCCGGGCAGUACAGCUGUGAGGCCGGCGGCCAGAGGGUCUCCUUCUGCCUGGACGUCGCAGAGCCAGAGCCUGAACCCCCAGCCCUGGAAAGGCGCAGUCGCCGGGAGCCUCUGGUUGUCAGGGAACAUGAGGACAUCGUUCUGACGGCCACGCUGGCCACGUCAUCUGUGGCCACAGUGACGUGGCUCAAGGAUGGCGUGGAGAUUCACCGCAGCAAGCGGCACCAGAUGACCAGCCUGGGGGACAUGCACACACUCACGGUGUGUGGCGCACAGCCCCUGGACAGUGCCGUGUACAGCUGCCAUGUGGGCGCCCAGGGCCAGGACUUCCCAGUGCAGGUGGAAGAGGUGGCUGCCAGGUUCUGCCAGCCCUUGGAGCCUGUGAGCGGAGAGCUGGGAGGCACCGUGACGCUCACCUGCGAGCUGAGCCCAGCGCAGGCCGAUGUGGUGUGGCACCGCGGGAGCACGCAGCUCAGGGCUGGCAAGCGCUUCCAGAUGGUGGCUGCGGGCCCUCUGCGCUCACUCACUGUGUUGGGCCUGCGGCAGGAGGAUGCUGGGGAGUACGUGUGCCAGAGCCGUGACGACCACACUAGCGCAAGCCUCACAGUCAGCGCUCCCCGAGUGGUCAAGUUCAUGUCGGGGCUGAGUGCCGCUGUGGCAGAGGAGGGCCAGAACGCCACCUUCCAGUGUGUGGUGACCCCCAGUGAUGUGGCAGUCACCUGGUCCCGGGACAGCGCCCUGCUGCAGCCCAGUGAGAAGUUUCUCAUCUCGCAGACUGGCGCCAGCCACAGCCUGACCAUCUUGGGCCUGACCCUAGAGGACGCUGGUCAGAUCACCGCAGAGGCUGAGGGUGUCAUGUCCACCGCUGCUCUCCGAGUCCGAGAGGCACCGGUGCUGUUCAAAAAGAAGCUGGAACCGCAGACAGUGGUGGAGCGAAGCUCAGUAACCAUGGAGGUAGCGCUGACACGGCCGUGGCCUGAAGUUAGGUGGACGCGGAACGCUGUGACCCUGGUGCAGGGCGAGAACGUGGAGAUCCAUGCUGAGAGCGUGAGCCACCGCUUGGUUCUCCGCAGUGUGAGUUUCGCAGACCGCGGUUUCUAUGGCUGUGAGACACCGGAUGACAAGACACAGGCCAAGCUCACAGUGGAAAUGCGCCAGGUCCUCCUCGUGCGGGGCCUGCAGGCGGUGGAGGUCCCGGAGCAGGGCACAGCCACCAUGGAGGUGGAGCUGUCACACACCGAAGUGGAGGGAAGCUGGACACGCGACGGCCUGAGACUCCAGCAGGGGCCCACGUGCCAGCUGGAAGUGCGUGGCCCCACCCACACCCUCACACUCUCCAGGCUGCAGCCGCAGGACUCUGGCCUCAUCGCCUUCAAGGCUGAGGGCGUGCACACGUCAGCACGGCUCCUGGUCACUGAGCUGCCUGUGAGGUUCAGCCGCCCACUGCAGGAUGUGGUGGCCAUGGAGAAGGACAAGGUGACCCUGGAGUGUGAGCUGUCACGCCCCAAUGUGGACGUGCACUGGCUGAAGGACGGUGUGGAGCUGAGGGUGGGCAAGACCUUGGGCAUGGUGGCCCAGGACACUUGCAGGCGUCUCAUCAUUUACCAUUGUGAGCUUGGGGACCAGGGCCUGUAUGUGUGUGACGCCCACGAUGCUCAGAGCUCAGCCUCCUUGAAGGUUCAAGGCCGCAAUGUCCAGAUCAUGAGGCCCCUGUUGGAUGUGGAGGUGAUGGAGAAGGAGGGUGCCACUUUCUCCUGUGAGGUCUCCCACGACGAGGUGUCUGCCCAGUGGUUCCGGGAGGGCAGUAAGCUUCGGCCCAGUGACAACGUGCGCAUCCGCCAGGAAGGAAGGACAUACACUCUCAUCUACCGGAGGGUCCUGGCAGAAGACGCAGGGGAAAUAAAGUUUGUAGCCGAAAGUGCAGAAUCACGAGCUCAGCUCCGAGUGAACGAACUACCAGUGGCUAUCCUGCGUCCGCUGCGGGACAAGAUAGCCAUGGAGAAGCAUCGUGGCGUGCUGGAAUGCCAGAUGUCGCGGGCCAGCGCCCAGGUGCGGUGGCUCAAGGGCAGUGUGGAACUGCAGUCAGGGCCCAAGUAUGAGAUGGUCAGUGAUGGCCUCUACCGCAAGCUGGUCAUCAACGAUGUGCAACCUGAUGACGAGGAUAUGUACACGUGUGACGCCGGCAAUGUUAAGACCAGUGCCCACUUCUUUGUGGAAGAGCAAUCCAUCACCAUAGUGCGGGGGCUGGAGGACGUGACGGUGAUGGAGCCUGCCCCUGCCUGGUUCGAGUGUGAAACCUCUAUCCCCUCGGUGCGGCCGCCCAAGUGGCUCCUGGGGAAGACGGUGCUACAGGCAGGGGCAGACAUAGGCAUGGAGCAGGAGGGCACAGUGCACCGGCUCAUGCUGCGGCACACCAGAUCCACCAUGACUGGGCCGGUGCACUUCACCAUCGGCAAGUCACGUUCCACCGCCCGUCUGGUGGUCUCAGACAUCCCCAUGGUACUCACACGUCCGCUGGAGCCCAAGGCGGGGCGCGAGCAGCAGUCCGUGGUCUUGUCCUGUGACUUCAAGCCGCCCCCCAAGGCUGUGCAGUGGUACAAGGAGGACAUGCCCCUGGCGCCGUCGGACAAGUUCAAGAUGAGGAUGGAGGGCCACAUGGCCGAACUGCGCAUCCUCCGGCUCUCGCCUGCCGAUGCUGGCAUCUACCGAUGCCAGGCGGGCAGUGCUCAGAGCAGCGCCCAGGUCACCGUGGAAGCACGUGAGGUGACAGUGAUGCAGCCGCCACGCGACGCCAAGGUCACGGAGGAUGGCCGCGCCUGCUUCUCCUGUGAGCUGUCCCACGAGGACGAGGAUGUGGAGUGGUCGCUCAAUGGCGUGCCUCUGUACAAUGACAGCUUCCACGAGAUCUCCCACCAGGGCCACUGCCACACGCUGGUACUGAAGUGCGUGCGGCAGAAGGACGCCGGCAUCGUGCGCGUCUCCUCCCCGAAGGUGUCAGCCACUGCCCGCCUGGAGGUCAAAGCAAAGCCGGUGGUGUUCCUGAAGGCUCUGGACGACGUGUCUGCAGAGGAGCAGGGCACGCUGGCCCUGAAGUGCGAGGUCUCGGACCCCCAAGCCCGCGUGGUGUGGCACAAGGACGGCGUGGAGCUUGGCCCUGGCCACAAGUACGACUUCCUGCACACGGCAGGCAUGCGUGGAUUAGUGGUGCACGACCUGAGCCAGAAUGACGCGGGCGUCUACACCUGCAGGGUGGGCUCAGAGGAGACCCGCUCAGUGGUCAGCGUGCACGACCUGCACGUGGGCAUCACCAAGAGACUGAGGACAGUGGAGGUGCUGGAGGGCCAGAGCUGCAGCUUUGAAUGCAUCCUGUCCCAUGAGAGCACAGGCAAUGUGGCCAUGUGGACAAUGAGCGGGAAGCCAGUGGGCAGUUCCGGCCGCUUCUGGGCCACUUGCCAGGGCCGCAAGUACAUGCUGGCUGUCCAGGAAGCCCUGCCAAGUGAUGCUGGUGAGGUGGUCUUCUCUGUGGGGAACCUCACCUCCAAGGCCUCGCUCAUCGUCAAAGAGAGGCCCACGGAUAUCACCAAGCCACUGGAGGACCAGCGGGUCACGCUGGGCGAGGAUGUGGUGCUGAGCUGCGAGCUGUCACGGGCUGGCGCCCCAGUGCGCUGGCUUAAGGAUGGGAAGGCUAUCCGCAAGAGUCAGAAGUACGAGCUGCUCACUGAAGGCUCCCGGGCCAUGUUGGUUGUCCGAGCAGCCUCCCUCAAGGAUUCGGGCAGGUACACGUGUGAGGCGGAGGUGUCCAGCAGCACAGCCAGCCUCCACGUGGAAGAAAAGGCAAACCGGUUCACCCAGGAGCUGGUCGAUCUACAGGUGGAGGAGAAAGGCACGGCUGUGUUUGUGUGCCAUACAGAGCAGCCGGCAGCCACGGUGACCUGGCGGAAGGGCCUCAUGGAGCUGCAGGCCUCAGGGAAGCACAUGCCCAGCCAGGAGGGUCUGACCUUGAGGCUUACUGUCCAUGCCCUGGAGAGAGCAGACAGUGAUGUCUACACCUGUGACAUCGGCCAGACUUCGACCCAGGCCCGGCUCCUGGUGCAAGCCCCAGACCCCUGCGUGCGCAGGAGGAACCUAGAGGCAGAAUGCAGUUCACACUGCCGGAGCGUGCUUAUCACAGAGGGCCUGGAGGAUGUGGAGGUGCGCGAGGGCUCCUCUGCCGCCUUCCACUGCCGCAUCUCACCCACUGACUACGGGCCAGUCCACUGGUUUCUGGAUGAGAAACCCCUGCAUACCAACGAGCUCAGCGAGAUCAAGGCCCAGCCAGGUGGCUACCAUGUGCUGACCCUGCGGCAGCUUGCACUCAAGGACUCAGGCACCGUCUGCUUUGAGGCGGGUGACCAGCGGACCUCAGCCACCUUGCGGGUCACAGAAAAGCCAAGUGCCUUCUCCCGGGAGCUCACUGACACCACAGUCAUGGAGGGUGAGGACCUGACCCUGGUCUGUGAGACCGCCGUCCCAGAUAGCCCUGUGAGCUGGACCAAGGACGGGAAGGCCCUGCGGCCAUCAGCCCGGUGCCAACUGAGCCAGGAGGGACACAGGGCCCAGCUGGUCAUCUCAGGCACCACCCUGCAGGAUGGCGGGCGUUACAAGUGUGAGGCUGGGGGUGCCUGGAGCAGCUCCAUCGUCAGGGUCCAUGCUCAGCCUGUGUACUUCCGGGAGGGGUUGAAGGACCUGGAGGUGGUGGAGGGUGGUGCUGCCACACUGCGCUGUGCACUGUCAUCUGUGGCUGCGCCCGUGGAGUGGCACCGUGGAGAUGAGGUUCUGCGGCCUGGGGGCAAGUACAGACUGCGGCAGGAGGGCGCUGUGCUGGAGCUGGUGGUCCGGGACCUACGGCCGCAGGACAGCGGGCAGUACUCUUGCCAGUUCAAGGACCAGAUGACCUCAGCCAUGCUCACCGUGAAGGGACUGCCUGUCACGUUCAUAGGAAGACUGAGAAACAAGGAGGCCACGGAAGGGGCCACGGCCACGCUGCACUGUGAGCUGAGCAAGGCGGCCCCCGUGGAGUGGAGGAAGGGGCCCGAGACCCUCAGAGCCGGGGACAGAGUCGUCCUGAGGCAGGACAGGGCCGUGUGUGAGCUGGAGAUCCGUGGCCUGGCCAUGGCAGAUGCCGGGGAGUACUCGUGUGUGUGCGGGCAGGAGAGGACGUCAGCCACGCUGACCAUCAGGGCCCUGCCUGCCAAGUUCACAAAGGGCCUAAAGAAUGAAGAGGCCAUGGAAGGGACCACGGCCACGCUGCACUGUGAGCUGAGCAAGGCGGCCCCUGUGGAGUGGAGGAAGGGGCCCGAGACCCUCAGAGCCGGGGACAGAGUCAUCCUGAGGCAGGACGGGGCUGUGUGUGAGCUGGAGAUCUGUGGCCUGGCUGUGGCAGAUGCCGGGGAGUACUCAUGUGUGUGCGCGCAGGAGAGGACAUCAGCCACGCUGACCAUCAGGGCCCUGCCUGCCAAGUUCACAAGGGGUCUGAAGAAUUCAGAGGCCACCGAAGGGGCCACAGCCACGCUGCACUGUGAGCUGAGCAAGGCGGCCCCCGUAGAGUGGAGGAAGGGGCCCGAGACCCUCAGAGCCGGGGACAGAGUCAUCCUGAGGCAGGACGGGGCCGUGUGUGAGCUGGAGAUCCGUGGCCUGGCCACGGCAGAUGCCGGGGAGUACUCGUGUGUGUGCGCACAGGAGAGGACGUCAGCCGUGCUGACUGUCUGGGCCUUGCCAGCCACGUUCACAAAGGGCCUGAGUAAGGAGGAGGCCACAGAAGGAGCCACGGCUACACUGUGCUGUGAGCUGAGCAAGGCGGCCCCCGUGGAGUGGAGGAAGGGGCCCGAGACCCUCAGAGCCGGGGACAGAGUCAUCCUGAGGCAGGACGGGGCCGUGUGUGAGCUGGAGAUCCGUGGCCUGGCCGCGGCAGAUGCCGGGGAGUACUCGUGUGUGUGCGCGCAGGAGAGGACGUCGGCCACGCUGACCAUCAAGGCCCUGCCUGCCAAGUUCACAAAGGGCCUAAAGAAUGAGGAGGCCACAGAAGGGGCCACGGCCACACUGCACUGUGAGCUGAGCAAGGCAGCCCCUGUGGAGUGGAGGAAGGGGCCCGAGACCCUCAGAGCUGGGGACAGAGUCAUCCUGAGGCAGGACGGGGCUAUGUGUGAGCUGGAGAUCCAUGGCCUGGCCAUGGCAGAUGCCGGGGAGUACUCGUGUGUGUGCGGGCAGGAAAGGACGUCGGCCACGCUGACUGUUGCAGCCCUGCCUGCCAUGUUCACAAGGGGUCUGAAGAAUGAAGAGGCCAUGGAAGGGGCCACGGCCACGCUGCACUGUGAGCUGAACAAGGUGGCCCCCGUGGAGUGGAGGAAGGGGCCCGAGACCCUCAGAGCCGGGGACAGAGUCAUCCUGAGGCAGGAUGGGGCCAUGUGUGAGCUGGAGAUCCGUGGCCUGGCCGCGGCAGAUGCCGGGGAGUACUCAUGUGUGUGCGGGCAGGAGAGGACGUCUGCCGUGCUGACCAUCAGGGCCCCACAGGUGGUGUUCCGGGAGCCCCUGCGGAGCCUGCAAGCUGAGGAGGGCACGUCAGCCACCCUGGGGUGCAAGCUGUCCCAGCCCAGCCCCGUGGUCUGGAGCAAGGGUGGCCUGGAGCUGCAGGCUGACGGGCGCCAGGAAGCACGGCAGCAGGGCUCCACGGCAGAGCUGGUGCUGCGGGACCUGCGCAGGGAGGACACGGGCGAGUACACCUGUGCCUGUGGCUCCCAGGCCACCAGCGCCACUCUCACCGUCACAGCUGCGCCUGUGAGGUUCCUCCAUGAGCUGCAGGCCCAGGAGGUCGAGGAGGGCUUAACAGCACAUCUGCGCUGUGAGCUGAGCCGGGCAGGUGCCAGCGUGGAGUGGCGCAAGGGCUCCCUGCAGCUCUUCCCAUGCGCCAAGUACCAGAUGGUGCAGGAGGGCACCGCUGCAGAGCUGCUGGUGCACAGCGUUGAGCAGGAAGACACAGGCCUCUACACCUGCGACACAGGUCACGCGCAGAGCUCAGCCAUCCUUUCAGUCCACGCCCCCAGGCCCGCGUUCCAGAUGGCACUGGAGAGCACAGAGCAGGAGGCUGGUGGUCUGGCCCGGCUGUACUGCCAGCUAAGCAAGGCAGAGCCCGGGGUCCCCGUGCAGUGGCUCAAAGAGGGUAUACAGCUACACGCAAGCCCCAAGUAUGAGAUGCGGCACCAGGGGGCCACCUGUGAGCUGCUCAUCCACGGGCUGGAGGCCAAGGACACGGGCGAGUACGCCUGUGUGGUGGAUGGCCAGAGAACCUUGGCCUCCAUUAAGGUCAAAGAGCCUGAAGUGACCAUCGUGCGGGGGCUGGUGGACACUGAGGUGCAGGCUGAUGGGGAGGCAGAGUUCAGCUGCGAGCUGUCACAAGCUGGUGUCACAGAUGUGGAGUGGCACCUUCAGGGCCUACGGCUGCAGAGCAACGAGGUGACAGAGGUGACCAUGCAGGGUGACCACACCCACAUGCUGCGCCUGAAGUGUGUGACGCCUGAGGAUGCAGGCACCGUCUCCUUCCACGUGGGCCCCCACAGGUCCUCUGCCCAGCUCACUGUCCGAGUCCCAGAGGUCACCAUCCUGGAGCCCCUGAAGGACGUGCAGCUCAGUGAGGGCCAGGACGCCCACUUCCGGUGCCAGCUGUCCAGGGCCUCAGGCCAGGAGGCCUGCUGGGCCCUGGGAGGGGUGCCCUUGCAGGCCAACGAGAUGAACAACAUCACAGUGGAGCAGGGCAUGCUCCACUUGCUCACCCUGCACAAGGUGACCCUCGAGGAUGCAGGAACUGUUAGUUUCCAGGUGGGCUCGUGUCGCUCUGAGGCCCAGCUGAAGGUUGUCACAGAGGCAGCACCAUGCCUGGUACGUGGCUUGCAGAAUGUGGACGUCUUUGCGGGGGAGGUUGCCAUGUUCUCCUGUGAGGUGUCCCACGCAGGUGGGCCAGAGGCCCGCUGGUGGCUGGAUGGCACCCUGCUGCAGGAUGGUCCCCAGAGUGCCAUCUCCGUGUGUGAUGGGACCUUCCACUCCCUCACGCUCUCAGGCCUGGGGGUCGCCGACUCAGGCAUCAUCACCUACCGUGCAGGGCCCCUGGUCUCCACGGCCAAGUUGUUGGUCAAAGAUCCCACAGUGGAGGUGGUGAGUGCCAUGCAGGACCUGGUGGUGGAGGAGGGCUGCCCGGCUGAGCUCCUCUGUCAGUACUCGCGGCCCGUGCAGGCCACAUGGAAGAUGGACAAGCAGGAGGUGCAGGCGGAUGGGUGCCGUGUCAUCAUAGAGCAGGACUGGACCGUGGCCAGGCUGUCCUUCAGGCCGGCCUUGCCCUGCGACAGUGGCAUCUAUUCUUGUGAGGCUGCAGGCACCUGCGUGGUGGCCCUGAUGCAAGUGCAAGCCAAGAACACAGUAGUGCGCGGCCUGGAGAACGUGGAGGCGCCCGAGGGCGGCGAGGCACUGUUUGAGUGCCGGUUGUCGAGGCCCGAGGUGGCCGCCCACAGCUGGCUGCUGGACGAUGAGCCCGUGCACACCUCCGAGGACACUGAGGUGGUCUACUUCGAGAAUGGCCUGCGUCACCUCCUGCUGCUCAAAAACCUGCGGCCACAGGACAGCUGCAGGGUCACCUUCCUGGCAGGGGAAGUGGUGACAUCGGCAUUCCUCACCGUCAGAGGAUGGCGCCUGGAGGUCCUGGAGCCCCCACAGGACGCUGCUGUGCCAGUAGGCGGGCAGGUGCGUUUCAGCUGCACGCUCAGUGAGGCGGUGCCACUGAGCGAGGCGACCUGGUACAUCAACGGGGCCACCGUGCAGCCAGAUGAUGCUGAGUGGACUGUCACCGUGGAUGGCAGCCACCACACCCUGCUGCUGUGUGCUGCCCAACUGCACCACGCUGGCGAGGUUACCUUUGCGGCCCGCGACGCUGUGGCCUCCGCGCGGCUCACCGUGCUGGGCCUCCCUGACCCUCCAGAGGACGCAGAGGUGGUGGAGUGCAGUGGCCGCUCUGUGACGCUGUCCUGGGUGGCACCUACCAGCGAUGGAGGGGGCGGUCUCCGUGGCUAUCGGGUGGAGAUGAAGGCAGCAGCCACUGGAGAGUGGCAGCUAUGCCAUGAGCUGGUGCCUGGCCCCGAGUGCAUAGUGGACAGCCUGGCCCCUGGAGAAACCUACCGCUUUCGUGUGGCAGCCGUGGGCCCUGCGGGUGCUGGGGAGCCUGUAUACCUGCCCCAGACAGUGCGGCUUGAGCCCCAGGAUCAUCCAUCUGUGGCCCCCGUCCCUGAGAGCCGGCAGGUGGUCGCUGGCGAGGAAGUGCGUCUGGAGUGCCACAUGGCUCAGGCAGGCGAGGUCAUCUGGCUGAAGGGGACGGAGCCCAUUCAGCCCAGUGGGCGCUUCCAGGUUCUCUGCCAGGGUCAGCAGCAGACGCUGGUGAUCCAGGGCUUCUCAGCAGAGGACCAGGGUGAAUACAUCUGUGGCCCUGCCUAUGGCCCCCCAUCCACUGCAGCCACCACCUUCCAGGUGGUCCUGACCCCGGGGCCUGGGGCUGAGGCCCCCACGCAGCCCAGCCUGCCCCCCGAGGCCGCCCAGGAAGGUGACCUGCACCUGCUGUGGGAGGCCCUGGCUCGGAAGCGCCGCAUGAGCCGUGAGCCCACCCUGGAUUCCAUCAGUGAGCUGCCGGAGGAGGACGGGCGCUUGCAGCGCAUGCAGCAGGAGGUGGAGGAGGCAGCCCCUGACCUCUCUGAGGACUACUCUACGGCUGACGAGCUGGUGCGCACGGGUGAGGCUGACCUCUCGCACACCAGCUCUGACGACGAGUCCCGGGCGGGCACUCCUUCCCUGGUUACCUACCUCAAGAAGGCUGGGAAGCCCAGCACCUCACUGCUGGCCAGCAAGAUUGGGGCCCCAGCAGUCCCGUCUGGGAAGCAACAGAAGCAGCAGGAGCAGACGGGAGACCUGAGUGCCGAGGACCUGGGGGACCCAUCCAUGGACAAGGCGGCUGUGAAGAUCCAGGCUGCCUUCAAGGGCUACAAGGUCCGGAAGGAGAUGAAGCAGCAGGAGGGCCCUGUGUUCUGCCACACAUUUGGGGACACUGAAGUGCAGGUGGGGGACGUCCUGCGUCUGGAGUGUGUGGUGUCUAGCAAAGCAGACGUGUGUGCUCGCUGGCUGAAGGAUGGCGUGGAGCUGUCUGAUGGCAGGCACCACCACAUUGAUCAGCUCAGGGACGGCACCUGCUCUCUGCUGGUCACUGGCCUGGGCCAUGCCGAUGCUGGCCACUACACCUGUCAGGUGAGCAGCAGGUUUGGCAGUGUGGCCCACAGCGCCUGUGUGGUGGUCAGUGGGACGGAGAGUGAGGCGGAGAGCUCCUCUGGGGGAGAACUAGACGAUACCUUCCGCCGAGCUGCCCGGCGGCUGCACCGCCUCUUCCGCACCAAGGGCCCAGCCGAGGUUUCGGACGAGGAGAUCUUCUUCAGUGCAGAUGAGGGCUUGCCAGAGCCCGAGGAGCCUGGGGACUGGCAGACUUACUGUGAAGACCAGCACUUCGUGUACAUCUGCUUCAAGGACCUUGCUGAGGCCCGCCGGGCUACCACCUGCUUCCGGCAGAUGUUUGGCACACUGGGCAUCGGAGUGGACAUCAGCCUGUCAGAGGAGGGGCCCCGGGGGGUGGAGAUGCGCAUUAGCAAGGUGGCCCCCGUCCCUGCAGCACCUGUGGAACCAGCGCUCAGCUUGCUGACCAGGGAGGCUGCCCCAGUGUUCCUGACUGAGCUGCAAAAUCAAGAGGUGCAGGAUGGGUACCCCGUGAGCUUCGACUGUGUGGUGACAGGCCAGCCCGUGCCCAGUGUGAGCUGGUUCAAGGAUGGGAGGUUGCUGGAGGAGGAUGACCAUUACAUGAUCAGUGAGGACCAGCAGGGCAGCCACCAGCUCAUCAUCACGGCUGUGGUGCCAGGAGACAUGGGUGUCUACCGCUGCAUGGCCGAGAAUAGCGUGGGUGUGUCCUCUACCAAGGCAGAGCUCCGCGUGGACUUGACCAGCACAGAUUAUGACACUGCAGCAGAUGCCACAGAGACCUCAUCCUACUUCAGUGCCCAAAGCUACCUGUCCAGCCGGGAGCAAGAGGAGUCCACCUCAGAAGAGGGGCAACUGCCCCAGGUGGUGGAGGAGCUGAAGGACGUCCAGGUGGCCCCUGGCUCACUCUCGGCCAAGUUCCAGCUCAAGGUGAAAGGUUACCCAGCGCCCCGACUGUACUGGUUCAAGGACGGGCAGCCCCUGACUGCUUCCACGCACAUCCGCAUGACCGACAGGAACACACUUCAUACCCUGGAAAUCGUCACUGUGGCCCGUGAAGAUGCCGGGCAGUACUCAGCCUACAUCAGCAACGCCCUGGGCGCCGCCCACUCAUCUGCUCGGCUGCUGGUCCGAGGCCUCAACGAUACUGAAGAGAAGCCAGCCUCAGAUGUGCUCCAGCAGCUGGCGCCGCCCAGAUUCCUGGAGAGGUUCACCAACAAGACGGUCAAGGAGGGUGCCAGCAUCACCUUCUCAGUGAAGGUGGAAGGAUGCCCAGCGCCCGCCGUGCACUGGCUGCGGGAGGAGGCCGGGAGGGGCGUGCUGUGGAUCGGCCAGGACACGCCGGGCUACACGGUGGCCAGCCGCGCACAGCAGCACAGUCUGGUCCUGUUGGAAGUGGGCCGGAAGCACCAGGGCACCUACACCUGCAUCGCCACCAACAGCGCUGGCCAGGCCCUCUGCUCAGCCAGCCUGCAAGUCUCCAGGGUGCCCAAAGAGGUGGGGGUGGCAGAGGAGCAGACCGAGGCAAAGAAGGCCCUCAUCUCCACCUUCCUGCAGGGGACCCAAGCUGUCUCCACCCAGAUGUCAGAACCUGCAGGAUUCCCCGACCUUGCUGGGCAGAGGAAAGGAGAGCCCCUGGCUACAGAGGGCCGCAGCCACUUGUCCCUGGCUGAAGUGGGCACGGAGGAGUUCCUGCAGAAGCUCACCUCGCAGAUCACAGAGAUCGUUUCAGCCAAGAUCACGCAGGCCAAGCUGCAGGUGCCUGGAGGAGGGGACAGCGAUGAGGAGUCCAAGACACCGUCUGCAUCCCCUCGGCAUGGCCGUUCACGCCCCUCCUCCAGCGUCCAGGAGUCAUCUUCAGAAUCAGAGGAUGGGGACUCCCGGGGCGAGAUCUUUGACAUCUACAUGGUCUCGGCGGACUAUAUGCCGCUGGGGGCUGAACAGGAUGCCAUCUCGCUGCGGGAGGGCCAGUAUGUGGAGGUGCUGGACUCGGCCCACCCCCUCCGCUGGCUCGUGCGCACCAAGCCCACCAAGUCCAGCCCCUCUCGGCAAGGCUGGGUGUCCCCUGCCUACCUGGACAAGCGGCUCAAGCUGUCACCUGAGUGGGGGCCUGCUGAGCCCCCUGAGUUCCCCGGGGAGGCCAUGUCUGCGGAUGAGUAUAAGACAAGGCUGAGCUCUGUCAUCCGGGAGCUGCUGAGCUCUGAGCAGGCCUUCGUGGGCAAGCUGCAGUUUCUGCAAAGCCACCACAUGCAGCACCUGGACCACUGUCCCCAUGUGCCCACAGCUGUGGCCAACCAGAAGGCUGUCAUCUUCCGCAAUGUGCAGGACAUCAGCCACUUCCACAGCAGCUUCUUGCAGGAGCUGCAGAACUGUGCCACAGAUGACGAUGUGGCCAUGUGCUUCAUCAAGAACCAGGUGGCCUUUGAGAAGUAUCUGGAGUUCCUGGUGGGCCGAGUGCAGGCUGAGUCGGCAAUGGUCAGCACUGCCGUGCAGGAGUUCUACAAGAAGUAUGCAGAGGAGGUGCUGUCUCCCGGGGACCCCUCACAGCUGUCCGCGCCCUCGCUGCAGCACUUCCUUGAGCAGCCCGUGGAGCGGAUCCAGCAGUACCAGGCCCUGCUCAAGGAGCUGAUCCGGAACAAGGCACGGAGCAGGCAGAACUGUGCACCACUGGAGCAGGCCUAUGCCAUGGUGUCAGCGCUGCCGCAGCGUGCUGAGAACCAGCUGCACGUGUCACUAAUGGAGAACUACCCUGGAACCCUGGAGGCCCUGGGCGAGCCCAUCCGCCAGGGCCACUUCAUUGUGUGGGAGGGGGCACCUGGAGCACGGAUGCCCUGGAAAGGCCACCACCGGCAUGUCUUCCUGUUCCGCCACCACCUGGUGGUCUGCAAGCCCCGACGGGACUCACGCACAGACAGCUUCAGCUAUGUGUUCCGGAACAUGAUGAAGCUCAGCAGCAUUGACCUGAAUGACCAGGUGGAGGGGGAUGACCGAGCCUUUGAGGUCUGGCAUGAGCGGGAGGACUCGGUGCGCAAAUACCUGCUGCAGGCACGGACAGUCAUCACCAAGAACUCCUGGGUGAAGGACAUCUGCGGCAUACAGCAGCGCCUGGCCCUGCCCAUGUGGCACCCCCCAGAAUUUGAAGAGGAGCUCACUGACUGCACGGCUGAGCUGGGCGAGACAGUCAAGCUGGCCUGCCGUGUGACAGGCACCCCCAAGCCUGUCGUCAGCUGGUACAAAGAUGGGAAACCAGUGGAGGUGGACCCUCACCACAUCCUCAUCGAAGACCCUGAUGGCUCAUGCAGCCUCAUCCUGGACAACCUGACUGGCGCGGACUCCGGCCAGUACAUGUGCUUUGCGGCCAGCCCUGCUGGCAAUGCCAGCUCCCUGGGCAAGAUCCUGGUGCAAGUCCCCCCGCGGUUUGUGAACAAGAUCCGGGCAGCGCCCUUCAUGGAAGGCGAGGAUGCCCAGCUCAGCUGCACCAUUGAAGGCACCCCACACCCUCAGAUCAGGUGGUACAAGGAUGGGGCCCUGCUGACGCUUGGCAGCAAGUACCGGACCCUGAGUGAGCCCCACGGCGGCCUGCAGGUGCUAGAGAUCCGGGCGGCCACGAAAGGGGACCUGGGCCACUAUGAGUGUGAGCUGGUGAACCAACUGGGCUCGACUCGGGGUGGGGUGGACCUGUUCGUGCCCAGCCCAGCGCUGCGGGCCCAGGAGCAGCUUGCUGCUGUGGAAGAUGCCACCAUCCCACCCCCAGCUGCUCCGGAGCAAGCAGACCAAGAGAUCACAUCUGUCCUGAGGACACUGGUGUGCUCAGAGGCUCCAAGACCCUCCACAGUGGACCGUGCCAGCCCAGGACCUGGCCCUGGGGGCCCAUCCGAACUCCGGGAGGCUGGCCCCCAGCUCCCAGGCAUGGAAGCCUCAGGUGCAUCCGAUGCCACCAUCCCACCCCCAGCUGCCCCGGAGCAAGCAGACCAAGAGAUCACAUCUGUCCUGAGGACACUGGUGUGCUCAGAGGCUCCAAGACCCUCCACAGUGGACCAUGCCAGCCCAGGACCUGGCCCUGGGGGGCCACCCGAACUCUGGGAGGCUGGUCCCCAGCUCCCAGGCAUGGAAGCCUCAGGUGCAUCCGCGGAGCCCCAGAAGUUGCCUCUCCCCAGUGAGGGCCAGGAGCAGGACUCAGCCCCAGCACAUGUGGUGCCCAUCCGGAUGGAGGGCGCAACCCGGCCAGGGGCAGGAGCAGCGGAGGUCUGGGAUAUCCACAGCCACGUUAUCACGGAGACCACGCACAGGACAUAUGUGUACCAGCCCAGUGCCACAGGUGCCACAAGCCUAUGGGCUCCCUCUCCCACCCCAGAGCCCCCAUCCAUGCAGGUCACCAUCGAGGACGUGCAGGCACAGAGGGGCAGCACCGCAAAAUUCCAGGCAGUCAUCGAGGGCAGCCCAGAGCCCACAGUGGCCUGGUACCGGGACAGCGUCGAGCUGGUGGACAGUGCCCGGCUCAGCCAGCUGCAGGAAGGGACCACCUACUCCCUGGUGCUGAGGAACGUGGCCCAGCACGAUGCCGGCGUCUACACCUGCCUGGCGCGCAAUGCUGGCGGCCAGGUGCUGUGCAAGGCAGAGCUGCUGGUGCACGGGGGGGACAGCAAACUGGACAUAGACAAGCAAAGCUACCGGAGGAAACUGCACUCCUUCUACAAGGUCAAGGAGGAAAUUGGAAGGGGUGUGUUCGGCUUCGUGAAGAGGGUGCAGCACAAGGGGAACCAGAUGUCCUGUGCCGCCAAGUUCAUCCCCCUGCGGAGCAGGACAUGUGCCCAGGCCCACCGCGAGCGGGAUACCCUGGCCAGGCUGAGCCACCCCCUGGUCACUGGGCUACUGGACCAGUUUGAGACCCGGAAGACCCUCAUCCUCAUCGUGGAGCUGUGCUCCUCUGAGGAGCUGCUGGACCGCCUGUUCAAGAAGAGCGUGGUGACGGAGGCUGAGGUCAAGGUCUAUAUCCAGCAGCUGGUGGAGGGGCUGCACUACCUGCACAGCCAGGGCAUCCUCCACCUGGACAUAAAGCCCCCCAACAUCCUGAUGGUGCAUCCUGCUCGAGAAGAUAUUAAAAUCUGCGACUUUGGCUUUGCCCAAAAAAUCACCCCGACAGAGCCACAGUACAGCAAGUAUGGCUCCCCAGAAUUUGUGUCCCCAGAGAUCAUAGAGCAGACCCCUGUAAGCGAGGCCUCUGACAUCUGGGCCAUGGGAGUCAUCUCCUACCUCAGCCUGACCUGCUCCUCCCCGUUCGCUGGGGAGAGUGACAGAGCGACGCUCCUCAACGUGCUGGAGGGGCGGCUGUCCUGGAGCAGCCCCGCAGCGGCCCACCUCAGUGAGGAUGCCCAGGACUUUAUCAAGGCCGCCCUGCAGAGGGCCCCAGAGGCCCGGCCCAGCGCUGCCACGUGCCUCAUCCACCCCUGGUUUCUGAAGUCUGUGCCCGCCGAGGAGGCCCACUUCAUCAGCACCAAGCAGCUCAAGUUCCUGCUGGCCCGAAGCCGCUGGCAGCGCUCCCUGAUGAGCUACAAGUCCAUCCUGGUGAUGCGGUCCAUCCCCGAGCUGCUCCGUGGCCCGCCCGACAGUCCGUCCCUCGGGGUGGCCAGACAUCUGCGCGGCGACGCCAGCACCUCCUCCAGCAGCUCUUCUUCCUCCGACAGCGAGCUGGCGCCCUUUGCCCGGGCCAGGUCGCUGCCGCCUUCUCCGGUGACCCACUCCCCACUGCUGCACCCCCGGGGUUUCCUGAGGCCCUCGGCCAGCCUUCCCGAGGAGACCGAGGCUUGCGCACCUGCCACGGCCCCGCCUCCGCCUGAGGCGCCCCAGGGCGCAGAGCCGCCGGCUGCCCCAGGCUGCGUGCCCCGGCAGAGCGUCAUCCACAGCCUGUUCUACCAGCAGGCGGGCGAGGGCCCCGAGCACGGGGUCCUGGCCGCGGGCGCCAGGCUGCACCCGGCUCCGCGCAGGCACCUGCUCAAGGGGGGCUACUUCGCUAGGGCCUUGCCUGGCCUGCGCGAACCGCUGCUGGAGCACCGCGCGCUGGAGGAGCAGGCCGCCAGGGAGGAGCAGGCCGCCCUGAUGGCCAAAGCGCCCUCCUUCGAGACCGCCCUGCGGCUGCCGGGCGCCAGUGCCCGCGAGGUCCCUGGCCGCAGCCGCUCCCUGGACCUGAACCUGCCUCGCCCAGCCAGCCCCUCCACCGAGCCCUGCCAGGAGAGCCAGUGUGCGGCCCCAGGCCCCUUUGGCCUGCAGGGGUCCCCAGUGGAGAGCAGACCUGGAGAUGUCUCACUUUCUAGUGGGAUGGAGCGUCCAGAAGGGUCCUGCCAGGGGUCCAGUGGUGGCCACUGGGGUUCGCAGCAAGAAGGGUCUUCCCAGGACAGCUGUGAGGGGCAGUCGGUCCCUUUCUUGGACCCCCAGUGUGGUCUGGCCCCCCAGGAGAGCUGCAGCCCCCCUUUGGCUGCUGCAACACAAACUCUUGACUCUUCCCCUCCAGGGCCAUGCGGGGAGGCUCUACUGCCACCCCUGAGCCCCUCCCUUGCGGGGGUGCCCCAGGCCCCCUUCUCCACUGUUCAAGUAAGUCUACAGCCAGACUCUAAGAGGGGGCUGGAGGCCACCCCUCUCUCUGGGAGGCCUGGCUCCCCCGGCUCCCCAGGACCAGCCCUCCCUGUGGGCAUGGAACCCAGCCCUUCCCUGGACACUAAGGGCAUGGAGGACCCGCUGGAGUCUACACCCAGCCCACAGCAGCCUCAGGAGCAGGCGACCACGCGGAAGUUCUCUCUGGGGCACCGUGGGGGCUUCGCAGGAGUGGCGGGUUACGGCACCUUUGCCUUUGGUGGGGAUGCAGGGGGCAUGCUGGGGCAAGGUCCCCUGUGGGCCAGGAUGGCCUGGGCCACCUCUCAGUCUUCAGAGGAGCUGGAAGAGGCUAGAGCCCAGAGCCCAUCCCCAAAGGCCAGCACAGUGCCCCUACCUGAGGUCUGCAGGGUGCCUCCCAAGGCCUCCUCGGAUCUGACCUCAUGGGAAGACUUGGGCGGGGGCUCUCAGGUGUCACUGGUGCAGAUACAGGACCUGUCUGGGGACUCAGAGGCAGCUGACACUGUGUCCCUGGACAUCUCAGAGGUGGACCCUGCCUACCUCAACCUGUCCGACCUGUAUGACAUCAAGUACCUCCCAUUUGAGUUCAUGAUCUUCAGGAGAGUCCCCAAGCCCACUAAGCCAGAGCCACCAUCCUGGCCUGAAUCCGAGGCUGAGGAGGAGCUGGCUGAGCUCCCAGGGGCCCUGGAGCCCUGGCUGGGAGCACUGGGCCUGCCUGCAGGCCUGGAGAUCACCAAGGAGCCGGAGGACUUGGAAGCCCUGCUAGGAGAGGCCACCGGCGGCAGAAAGCGCAAAUGGUCACCCCCCUCCAGGGGCCUUUUCCACCUCCCUGGGAGGCGUGCACUGCUGGAGGAGCCUGUGGAGUUGGGCCUGCGCCACAGGGUGAGGGCCUCUGUGGCCCACAUUUCCCGCCUCCUGAAGGGCAGACCCGAAGGAAUGGAGAUGGAGGGCCCUGCCAGGAAGAAGGCAGGCCUACCUUCCUUCAGGCUGUCAGGCCAGAAAAACAGGGACCAAGCGCCAUCGCUCCUAAGGGAGCUCUCAGAUGAAACCGUGGUCCUGGGACAGCCUGUGACACUCACUUGCCAGGUGUCAGCCCAGCCAGCCGCACAGGCCACCUGGAGCAAAGAUGGGGCUACCCUGGAGAGCAGCAGCCGCCUCCUCAUCUCCUCCACGCGGAAGAACUUCCAGCUGCUGACCAUCCUGUCAGUGACUGCUGAAGACCUGGGCGUGUACACGUGCAGCCUGCAUAACAUGCUGGGGGCAGUGGCCACCACGGCCGUGCUCCGGAAGGCAGAGCGCCCCCAUUCCUCCCCACGCCCGGACAUCGGAGAGGUGUAUGAUGAUGGGGUGCUGCUGGUCUGGAAGCCCGUGGAGUCCUGUGGUCCUGUAACCUAUACCGUUCAGUGCAGCCUGGAAGGUGGCGGCUGGAGCACGCUGGCCUCGGACACCUUUGACUGCUGCUACUUCACCAGCAAGCUUUCCCGGGGCGGCGUGUACACCUUCCGCACGGCCUGUGUCAGCAAGGCAGGCAUGGGUCCCUACAGCAGCCCAUCAGAGCAGGUCCUCCUGGGAGGGCCCAGCCACCUGGCCUCCGAGGAGGAGAGCAGCGCCCCACGGCCAGCCCAACCCCUCCCCAGCACGCAGACCUUCGCCUUCCAGACACGGAUUCAAAGGGGCCGCUUCAGCAUGGUGCGGCAGUGCCGGGAGAAGGCCAGCGGGCGCGUGCUGGCUGCCAAGAUUGUCCCCUACCGCCCCGAGAACCAGACGGCUGUGCUGCGUGAAUACGAGGCACUCAAGGGCCUGCGCCACCCCCACCUGGCCCAACUGCAAGCUGCCUACCUCAGCCCCCGGCACCUGGUCCUCAUCUUGGAACUGUGUUCCGGGCCAGAGCUGCUCCCCUGCCUGGCUGAAAGAGCUUCCUACUCCGAGUCAGAGGUGAAGGACUACCUGUGGCAGAUGCUGAGUGCCGUCCAGUACCUGCAUGCCCAGCACAUCCUGCACCUGGACUUAAGGUCGGAGAACAUGAUCAUCACCGAAUACAACCUGCUCAAGGUCAUCGACUUGGGCAAUGCCCAGAGCCUCGCCCAGGGGAGGGUCCUGCCCUCUGAGAAGUUCAAGGACUACAUGGAAACCAUGGCUCCGGAGCUCCUGGACGGCCAGGGUGCUGUCCAGCAGACUGACAUCUGGGCCAUAGGCGUGACAGCCUUCAUCAUGCUGAGCGCAGAGUACCCUGUGAGCAGCGAGGGGAUCCGUGACCUGCAGAAAAGCCUGCGCAAGGGGUUGAUCCGUCUGAGUCGCUGCUACGCAGGGCUGUCAGGCGGCGCUGUGGCCUUCCUCCGUAGCACGCUGUGCGCGCACCCCUGGGGCCGCCCGUGCGCGUCCAGCUGCCUGCAGUGCCCGUGGCUGACCGAGGAGGUCCCGGCCUGCUCCCAGCCCACCGCGGUGACCUUCCCCACCGCCCGUCUGCGCGCCUUCGUGCGCGAGCGCGAGAAGAGGCGGGCGGUGCUGUACAAGAAGCACAACCUGGCCCAGGUGCGCUGAGCGCCUGGCCCUGCGGGGCGGGUGUGUGUGCGUUGGGUCGGGUCGCCCUCCUGGAUGUCCUUUGCCUCUCCUCUGGGACUUGCUGCAUAAGCACAGGCAUGCCAAUAAAAAGAAGAACCGGG